ACAUUUUUAUACAACCACAACAAUCGUAUGCCGUUUUGAUUUCUGUAUGAUCGUGUGUUCGUUUUGUUGUAGUUGUUGCUGUUGGUGACUUGGCAAACUGACUGACAAACUGUUGGUGGGAUUGUGUACGAGAGUUAAAGUAUGGCUUAACUGAGGUUGCGCUUGAUCAACUUGAUCCACUCCAGUGACAGCAGUAAACGCGAAAAGUUAAAAAACUGCUCAUCAUCUCGUGCGGUUUACACUAGUUCUAAGUGAUAUCGGUUAUUUCUUUUUUUUAUCUAUUUAAAAAUUCAAAAUAAGAAAUAAUUUAAAUUAAAGAAAAAAACAAGUAAAAAUAAUACGUAAAAAACACAAAAAAAAUAAAUAAAUUUUUAAGAAAAAAUACCAAGAAAACAAAAUAAAAAAAAACCAAACAAAAACUUGUUAUUUUUGAUUUGCAAAAAUCUCUAUGCACUCAUACACACACACGCAAAACCAGGCAUUUUUACACACAAACACUCGCUCAUAGAUGAGUGGGGUUUGGUGGUGGCGAUCGUUGCUUCGUUCAUUCGCAUGUACAAAAUCAAACAACAAUAACAACAACAAAUAAUAUUGUAUUGAUACGAGACGAAAUUAUGAUGGCAUAUCAAACUGAAAAUUAUUAAAAGCCAAGUGAAUUUAUGAUGAUAAGAAAGAAGCUGGAAUUAAUAUUAAUAAUACGUAGUUACACAUUAUACAUAUGAAUUGAUUAAACAUAUGUAUUUAAAAACAAAUUGAAAUAUAAAUAAAAAUUACAAAACAAAUAAAUAAAUAUUACAAAAAUUAUAUAGUAUAUUAUACAUAGUAUUUGUAAUCUUCUUCCUACUUUUUUGCUGCAUUUUAAAUUUUAUAACAAUUACAAAGAGCAGUACGAUACUGGAACGAAAGAAAAGGCAAAAAAGAAAUAUUUAAUUAUGGAAUUUUUUUUAUUUAACAAUUACUCGUGAUUGAACAAAUGUUAAAAAAUAAUGUAAUGUCUUCAAAAUGAAAUAAUUCAAUAAAGGAAAAUCAUUAAGGCUGGAGAAUUGGAGAAAAAGAAAACAAAAACUUAGUUUUUAGAUAAAUUGUUUGUUAAACACAUUUUGGAAGGAUGCUCGAAAUAACAAAAAAAUAUUGUAAAUUUAGCACAGAUGGACAUGGACUUUUACAAUGAACAUAUAUUAACAGAUUUGGACCGAGCUGACUAUGUGGGUGGAAUCGACAAUGAAGCAAUAUUUUUUGAAGAUUUACAAGUAACAGCGGGUCUCGGUCGCUUGGGUCCAGAUGCUAGCCACAGCAAUACUACAAACGCAGGCGGUGAAAACUUAGCACUGCCAUGUACAGCCAAAACAGAAACACCCGUAACAUCCCCGUCACCCAUGACCACAAUAGGACCCGACAUAAUUCUACCACCAAUACCAACGGUCUCGGCACGGGUUAGCUUAACCACGGCCCCAGCAACACCACACAUUGGUAUUAUACAUCACAACAAUAACAACAGUAAUCCUACACUAUCACACCUGCCAGAAAGUCCACCAGAUUCAGGAUCUGAACCACCCUACAGUCCGCUGCAGGAUGUGCAGGGUUUAACCUUAAACACACGCGACAUCUAUAAUCACAGUGGUGGUGGUGUUAGUGGUGGUGCUAACACAUCAGCUCCGGUAAUUAAUGAGCUACAUACUAUGCAGGUGCAUCAUCCGCCACAACCGCCGCCCCUACCACAACAUCACUAUACAACACAUUUACUAAACAGUCCAAUGCAUGUGAAUCCUUUGGCAAGUCCACCCGCACAAGAUGUGCUAAGUGCUGGCAUACGUGUGAAGCAUGAAACCGGUAUCAUUAUCAAUCCGAAUAGCUUAACGCAAACACUUAAUAGUCAGACGCCCCAUGCCCUAGAUACUCAUAUUGAGAUGCCCAGCCAGCAGCAAGCACAGCUUAUCUACACUAACAAUCAUCAUCAUCAUCAUAGCAGCAGUAAUAAUCAAAUUAGCUACGAGAGCCUAUCGAACAAAUUGUAUGCGAAUCCAGGACAACCAGCACCUCCGCCACCGUAUCAGAUUAAUUUGAAUCAUCUAGAUCAUCCCUCAGUGGUGGAAACACCAGCUUGUGUGUUAGGCAGCAUAGGAGAUCUACCCCAUGUACAAGUUGUUGGCACCAGCAUACCCUCGACGCCAACUUUGAGCCGUACAUCAGCACCCUCCACCCCAAAUCAUAUGUCAUCUACGCGAAAACGUAAAAUGACCACACAAAUUGAUGAUCCUGACUUUAGAUGUGUUAAGCCAGAUCCUGGUUUAAUAUUAAGUCCCUCGCGUAGUUCUGUCUGUUCCACACCCUUGCCGGGAGAGACCUCCAAGAGAUCUUCUAUAUCGCCUUUAAACAUACAACUUAGCAACCACGAUAUGGUUGACACACCUGCACCCUCAAAUGCUUCUCUCUCGCCGGCUCUCUCCUCCGUCAACAUGGAUGGCAGUGUGAAAAAUUGUGAUACUAGUUCACAAAAUGGUGAUGCUCUAAGUCCGUGCAUACGUUUUUCACCUUUCCAACAACAAAACUGGCAUAAGUUGUGCGAUCAGCAUUUGCAGGAUAUAUCAGUGGUGUACUAUCGCGUCGAUGCCGAUAAAGGUUUCAAUUUCUCCGUAUCGGAUGAUGCCUUUGUGUGUCAGAAAAAGAAUCACUUUCAAAUAACUUGCCAUGCUCGCCUGCAAAGUGAAGCGAAAUUCGUUAGAACACCGUCCGGUUUAGAGAAAAUCAAGUCCUUCCAUUUGCAUUUCUAUGGGGUGAAACUAGAGGCGCCCAAUCAAACUAUACGCAUUGAACAAAGUCAAUCGGAUCGUUCGAAGAAACCUUUCUUUCCUGUACCAAUCGAUCUCCAAAGUCACAUUGUUAGUAAGGUAACAGUGGGGCGUUUACACUUUUCCGAAACUACCAACAAUAAUAUGCGCAAAAAGGGACGUCCCAAUCCCGAACAACGUUAUUUCCAACUUAUUGUAGCCUUACACGUCCACACCGCCUCCGGAGAUUUCCCGAUCAUCAGUCAAGGAAGCGAUAAAAUUAUUGUGCGUGCCUCCAAUCCCGGACAAUUUGAAUCGGAUGUUGAUCUGUGUUGGCAACGAGGUCUUACCCAGGAUUCCAUUUACCAUGCAGGCCGAGUGGGUAUUAAUACAGACCGUCCCGAUGAAAGCCUAGUGAUCCAUGGGAAUCUUAAAAUAUCCGGCCACAUAGUACAGCCCAGUGAUAGUCGAGCCAAGCAGGAAAUCGGUGAAUUAGACACCUCUGUACAGUUGCGCAAUCUCCAAAAGAUACGUAUCGUACGUUAUCGUCUGGAACCCCAGUUUGCUCUGCAUGCUGGCCUCAAGAGUCACAAAGAUUCGGAAGAUAUUGUUGACACCGGUGUUAUAGCACAAGAGGUGCGUGAAGUGAUACCGGAUGCCGUGCAAGAGGCUGGCAGUGUUGUACUGCCAAACGGCAAUGUCAUUGAAAAUUUCCUAUUGGUCAAUAAGGAUCGCAUACUUAUGGAAAAUAUUGGUGCCGUAAAGGAGCUGUGCAAAGUGACGGACACUUUAGAGACACGCAUUGAAAAUUUAGAGCGUGUAAAUACCCGCUUACAGCGAGCUAAAGAGAACGAAUUACAGUUUUUGCAUUGCAAAAGUAUAACGACAACUAGCCGGGAUGGCUAUGAAAUCUGUUCGAAUAGAACACUACAAAUAAUAAUCUUUCUAUUAGUUAUAGUUAUGGCCGCCUGUUUGGCUGCCGUCUCCACGUUGUAUUUUGUUGAGCACAAUAAGAAACAACAAAAUUUGAAAUAUCUAGACAGCAUACAACUCUUAAACAAUGGCCAUUUAUAUGGUCACGAAGGUCUAACACUAACAGAGCAGGAACACAAUUUCAUAAAUAUGCUGAAAUCUGCAAGAAAUCAUACACAUUGGCCAACAUUUGCUUAUCAACCACCCAUCGCACCAGCAGCAGUGUUGGGAGAAGGACUUUCAAGAUCUCAAAGUCGCAAUAAUUCCGAAUACCAACGAGCCGACUAUCGAUACUUGGGAACGCCAGACGAUGCUCUAAAUCCCUCAUCAACACAACAAUUAAGGAAUGAUGAAAUCACAGUGGUAAUGGAGAAACCCUCGGUGAGUCAUGAACUUUUGCAGAGCUACAAUGAACCCCAAAGAGCCACUACAGCACCAACUCUGGCUCGUAACAAUAAGACGUCCAUUAGUAAGCAUAAAAAUAAAUGGCCUCAGCCGCAAAUAGUCUUGAGAGUAAUGCAAUCACCCACUCAUCGUAAUGCUUUACCCUCAACGCGUUCUCUGAACUUAAACGGGCAGCCAAGUGAAGAAACUGCUCAGAAUGCUGCACAUAAUGUGAGCGAAACAUCAACCGAAAAAAUUGCUGAUGUUCAACAAGAUUUCGAAAAUAAUUCCAUCGAUACAGACUCACAUCAACAGGCUAUCAAUCGUUUGAAGUCAGCACCGGCCAAAAUACGUAUACCAGCGGCCAAGGGGUCCACUCAUAGUGAAAUACAAAAGCUAAAUGUCGACAUACCCAUAGUAAGUACAUCGAGCAGUAAUAUCAUUGAUGAGACAGGGCUAGUAAUUGAAAAUUCGGCCACCCAAUCGAAUCUGUUAAGACAUCCCAACUCCAAGGGAGGAGAACUAAUUAUAUACAAAACUGUUUCACCGCCCACCUCCACUACCAGCACCACAAGUAGUCACAGCAUUACGAAUAAAGUCAACACCGAUGCUCCACACACGAAUAAUUCCUUGGAUAAUCAAUCCAUUUCAAAUAAAAGUCGUAAUUUCGUGGAUCGUACCACCGACAACUCUGAUCUAUUGCAACAACUAUCAAAUGAUAAUAACGAAUCGAUCUAUAGUGCCACUGAUAUUAUUGGAAAUCCAGUUGAUUUCAUUUUGGGUCUAGAUGAUCGUCAAUCUCUUUUAGGACGUCGAUCCACAUCGCCGUCAUCAACUUCAAAUGCGGCUCAUCCGUCAGGUAAUGCAAAUGCAUGGGUGCAAAAUUCCAUGGUUUUUGUGGAUACUUUUGGUGAACCAGAACAAUGUAAUAGUAAAACUAAACGUGAAGAUAUAUCCAACUGUCAGUCUGUUUGCUUCGAGGAGAACAAUCAACUCUUAGCACCCAAUCAAUCAAAUUUAAGCUUGAAACCUGCCGAACCCAAGAAAAUCAAAUCCUCUCUACAGCAAGAGGAAAUCGAUAAUGAAAAUCAUAGUGAAUCUGAAGAUAAUGAUGCAAUACAUGACUCGGACGACGACUUACAAUCAAGCUACAAUGGAAAUCUUAAAAACAAAGAAACUCUUAAUGCCUCCAUAUUGGAGGCAUCAUUGUCAACACAAGGCAAAACAACUCACUCUAAACAGUUUUCCCCAAAACAACUGAACGCCGAUGAACAACGCAGCGAUGAUGCGGAAAAUUUGGAUGUUCUAUUGGAGCAUACAUUCUCCGAUGAAAAUGUUGAGGAGGACGCGAAAAAAGCGAAAAAAGAUAAAAGCGAUAUUAAUCUACUGCAACCCAAAUUAUCCGUAGAUCCAGAUAUACCACCCACAGAUACGGAUUGUUGGAAAAUACGCAGUUGUAUAUGGGCCGAACGUUUAAAUAAUACUUUUGCAACGCAAGACUUUUGUCCCAAACUGGGAAAAUCGGUGAACAUGACAUUCGUCAUACCGUUGUCUCGUUUCUUCAAGGAACAAAGUAUUGAAUUACAUUUAACGUCUUCUUUACCUUUACAAUGGGUACUUUGCAAUUUACAUGAACAUUCUCAAAAUGUAUUGCAGCGUAGACGUAACACCUCGUUACUUCUACUCAAUGUUCCCAGUCGGGGUUAUUUUGUUAAAGAUUUAAUUUUACGUGCCACCAAUGAUCCAGAAAAGUCAAAUGUUUGCCAGGAGCGACCCCACGAAGGCAACACCAUAUUGCAGUACAAUUUUAGAAUUAUAAGAAAUUGUGAUUAAAACACAAAAGAAACAACACUGAAUCCUAAUGAAUGAAUUCUUAAUACUAAAUUUAAACCUUAAAACAAACACUAAAUUUAAAUUAAUUUGUACGUGAACUUUUAUUCCCCUACAUAUACUUAGUUUAUUUUUCUUUUUUUUAUAAAAUAUAAACACAUACAAAACAAAACCAUUUAAAAUAUUAAUUGAAAUCACAAAAUUAAUUAAUUUGUUAGUUAUUUCAAGUCUAAAGAACAAAUUGUAACCAAUCGAACAAGAAAUAUUUGAUUUACUUUACUUUUUUUUAUAUUAAUUUUGUAAAUAUUGAGUAGUUAAAAUAAUUAAAUCAUAAUAUUAUACAAUAUUUAAUAUGUAAUUGUUUAAUCGCUUUUAAUAUUCUGCCUUUACAAGAACAAAAAAUCAAAUCAAACAUUACGAAAAACAAAAUUAAAAAAAAUAUAAAUAAUAAAACAUGUAGCAUAAAUUUAUUUUCACUGCUAUUCAAACAUAGAA